AUGUCUGCCCCCGAAGUAUUCCAGCUCUCCUUGGGACCCCUCACAGGUGUCGCCUUUAGCCCCGACAGAACCCAGGUGGCUGUCUCUCCCAACUCCAACGAAGUACACAUCUAUGAGAAGAAGGGCUCCGAGUGGGAACUGAAGGAUGUGCUUGCCGAGCACGACAAGCUCAUCACUGCCAUCUCCUGGGCUCCCAACUCAAACCGCAUCGUCACAUGUUCUCAGGACAGAAACGCUUACGUCUGGACUCCUACUGCAAUUGGAUGGAAGCCUGCCCUUGUCCUUCUCCGUAUCAGCCGGGCGGCCACUUGCGUCAAAUGGUCACCCAAGGAGGACAAGUUUGCCGUCGGCAGUGGCGCGAGGACUAUCGCCGUGUGUUACUUUGACCAAGAAGACAACUGGUGGGUAUCCAAGCAUGUCAAGAAGCCCCUCAGAAGUACCGUGCUCUCGCUCGACUGGCACCCCAACAAUGUGCUUCUGGCGGCAGGUACGGCAGAGUCCAAGGCCUAUGUCUUUUCUGCCUACAUCAAGGGCCUGGACGCCAAGCCUCAGCCCACGGUCUGGGGCGAGCGAUUGCCAUUUGGCACCAUCUGCGGCGAGUUCAAGUCGUCUGAUGGUGGCUGGGUGCACAACGUCGCAUUCUCUCCCUCUGGUGACACUCUUGCCUUUGUUGCCCAUGAUGCUUCCAUCUCGGUUGUCUAUCCUUCCUCUCCUGGCUCUCCUCCCUCCGCACAUGUCGUGCUUCGUCUCCCCUCGCUGCCUUUCACGGUCUUGACCUUUACUAGCGAGUCCACCCUCAUUGCGGCGGGACACGACUGCCAGCCCAUGGUUUUCACCGGCUCCCCCGAAGGAUGGGCCUUCUCUCAUUCACUCGACGACCCCUCUUCGGGCGGUUCCCGACCCCUCACUCCCAGCGGGACUGGCUCUCGCUCUGGUGGUGUCGGCCGACUCGGCAACAAUGAGGCCUUCAACCUCUUCAAGGCAGCCGACUCAAAGGGCCAACGUGGCCCCGCUUCUCCUGGUGCUCCCACAAGCGCUGGCUUGACCCUUGUUGGCAGCGACGGGCUGCUCACCACUGUGCACCAGAACACCAUCACUUGGCUAGAUGCGUACGAGUGGGCAGCCAACGGGGAUGUCGCAAAGGUCAGCACUGCAGGCAAGGACGGGCGAUUGGUAGUGUGGCCUGUCACAGCCAAGGGUGGUGCCGGUGGAUUGGCAGGGAGGAUGGGUGGGUUGCAAGUCUAG